UGGUGCGCGCUCCCGCCGUCAAUUGUAUGUGCAGCAGUCCAUUAAAGAGUCCACAUACACGGAGUGAAGAUGGCGAUGAGGGUAGCGCUGCGGUGCCUCUCCGCAAACUUUUCCCCCAGGCUCCCUCAGCUCUCGUCGGCAGCGCAGGUUUCAGCGGCUCGGCUGCUGUGGAGGAGCGGCUCUCCGCGGACACUGAGCACGAGCUCGGCCCUGUCCACAGCCCUGAAGUUCACAGAUAAGCAUGAGUGGGUGCAAGUGGAGGGAGGAAUUGGCACAGUUGGUAUCAGCAGUUAUGCUCAGGAAGCAUUAGGAGAUGUGGUCUACUGUGGACUCCCUGAAAUUGGCCAAAGACUUGAACAAAUGGAGGAGUUUGGGGCCUUGGAAAGCGUAAAGGCAGCCAGCGAGCUUUACUCACCACUGACAGGAGAGGUGACUGAGAUCAACACAGAGUUGGCAGAGAAUCCUGGUCUUGUGAAUAAAUCCUGCUAUGCAGAUGGGUGGCUAAUCAAGAUGACGAUUGAAAAGCCUGAAGAACUCGAUGGUCUCAUGGAUCAAGCUGCAUAUGAUACAUUUCUGAAGUCACUUGAAGAAUAGCUCGAUAAAUUCCCUCUACUGUACUGUUUUGUACUGUAAUUACAAACAACAUUAGCAGGCAGAGUUACUAACAUCUGGUGUGACUCCUUUUCUUAUCUGUGGUAUUUAUUUUGAUACUGGAAAUUAAAUAGUCUUUAACAUCUUCCAAUCAGGGUAGGAUUCUGUUUAGCCACCAGCCAACCUAAAAGGGCUCUCAAACUCAUGAUCUGUCAUAGAUAUUGGGUACUUUUUCUGGUACUUGCUCCAUAUUCUAAUGUGUACAGAUGUGGUAAAGACCAGAAACUGAUUGUUUGUAAGUGCCAUAUCACGUUCAUUUAAUAAAACCUGGUUAUACAGUU